CAGACUGAAAGAUAGUUCAUUACAACACCUCUCUCCCCUUCACUCUUAAUCUUCCUUUUCUGAUAUACUGGUCUGAUCGUCUGGCACGUCCGUCGUAAGGAGGAGACCAAGGUGCAGCGUGGGACCAAGGUGCAGCGUGACUGCAGGGUGGGAGAUGCAACAAUGGCCUUGAGAACAGCAGGAAGUGUGUUGGUGGUCUUUCUCUGGUCUGUGACAGUGGUACUGGGUCAGAGAGGAUGGAGUGUGACUUACACCCCUCAGAGUAUCUGUACCUUGAAGGGGUCAACAGUGGAGCUGACCUGCUCUUACACAUAUCCCAGAGGUAAAGUCACAACAACCUUCUGGUUCACUAAAUGGGGGACUGGUGUAGAACCUAACAAUCUAGGUCAAGACCCAAAGUAUGCAGGUCGUCUGAAGUAUCAUGGAGAUAAGAAGAAAGACUGUACCCUGAGAAUCACAGACCUGAGAGACAGAGACUCAGCUGAGUACAAGUUCAGAUUACUAACAGAUCAGGAAGGAGGGAAAUAUUCUGGAAGUCCUGGAGUCACUCUGUCUGUCACAGGUCUUCAGGUGAAGGUGACUGGUGGACAUCAGGAUAAGACACUGACCUGUAUCACCACCUGUACUCUGACUGACAACCCCACCUACAUCUGGUACAAGAACGGACAACAUCUAGAUGAGAGCACCUCCCCCCAGUACAAAGACCCAGUCUCCAGUAACUAUGGAGACAGUUACUCCUGUGCUGUAAAAGGCCAUGAGGAUCUCCUCUCUCCUGCAGUGUGUGUCCAGGGUCAGGACUGCAACAGAGUGACUUACACCAAGAGGACAAUCUGUGCCUUGAAGGGGUCAACAGUGGACAUAUCCUGUACUUAUUUCAGUGGUUAUGAUACAGUUAAAUCAUCACUCUGGUUUAGUUCUAAACAGAGUGACAGGUGGAGGGAUGAGUUGAUCCCUGAGGACCUAACCACAGACCCAGGGUAUGCAGGUCGUGUGGAGUAUGUUGGAGAGAAGGAGAGAGGUCGCUCCACCCUGAGAAUCACAGAUCUGAGAGAGGAGGACUCUGCUGAGUACAAGUUCAUAUUCAACACACAGACAUCAAGAUGGGGACACAGCUUCCCUGGAACAACUCUGACUGUCACAGACCUGCAGGUGAAGGUGACUCCUGCCACAGAGGCAGGGAAGAGGACACUGACCUGUAUCACCACCUGUACUCUGACUGACAACCCCACCUACAUCUGGUACAAGAACGGACACAAAGUAAAGGAGGACACUUCCAGCCUGGACUCAGACUCCUUUAGUGAUGCAGACAGUUACUCCUGUGCUGUAAAAGGCCAUGAGGAUCUCCUCUCUCCUGCAGUGUGUCAGAAGUGUUGGAGUGUGACUUACACCCAUCAGAGUAUCUGUACCUUGAAGGGGUCAACAGUGGACAUAUCCUGCUCUUACACAUAUCCCAGUUAUCAUGAGAUCAAACAAGCUUUCUGGUUUACUAAAUGGUCUGGUAUGGAGGCUGAAGAUCUGAGCUCAGUGCCAGGGUAUGAGGGUCAUAUAGAGUACCUUGGGGAUAAGGAGAGUGACUGUACCCUGAGAAUCACAGACCUGAGAUUGAGUGACUCUGCUGGGUUCAGGUUCAGAUUCAUAACAUCUGGAGGAAAGUUUUCUGGCUCACCUGUCUCUCUGACUGUCACAGAUGUUGUGUUGGAGAUGGAUCCUACAUCUGUGUCAGAGGGGGAGAGAGUCACACUGAGAUGUAGAACCAACUGUACACUGGACCCCAUCACAGCCUACAGUUGGUAUAAGAAUGGACAGUCUCUACCAAACAGCAACACCUCCUCUCCUGUCUAUAUCCUGUUCUCAGUCAGCAGUGAGGAUACAGGCAGAUACUCCUGUUCUGUAGAAGGACAUGAGGAUCUCCCCUCUGCUGAAGAGACUCUCACUGUCACAUAUGGCCCAAGGAACACCUCAGUGUCAGUCAGUCCCUCUGGUGAAAUAGUGGAGGGCAGUUCAGUGACUCUGACCUGCAGCAGUGAUGCCAACCCACCUGUGGACAAAUACACCUGGUACAAGAAGAACGUAACCUCACCAAAAGCAUCAGGACAGAGUUACAGCAUCAUUAACAUCAUCUCUGAGGACAGAGGAGAAUAUUACUGUGAGGCCCAGAAUGGAAGAGGAUCUAUGAACUCUACAGCUCUGAUGAUCAUUGUAGCAGGGAAACAGACCUCAGUUCUAACUGCAGCUGUAGGAAUCAUAGUGGUUGUUCUGGGUGUCAUACUGGCUUCAUGUCUCUCUGGACUCAUGUGGUUCAGGAAGAAGGUCUCCAAAACCACCUCUGACACAAGACACACAGCAGGCAAUGGACAGGUCUGUUGA